AAGAAGUAAAUGACUGAUCUCCUAAGCUCUCGAGAAAACAAAACGUGUCUUGCUAUUUUCUUCCAGGCGGCAUGCUUCCUGGUGAAACGCGAGAGGCUGAUGGAGCUUCACGAGACGCUGAACGACCUCUUCGAGCGAGAACUCGCCCGAAGACGAGAAACCGUGCUCGCCACACUGUACGCGUUCGACCGACCGUCCUACAUCCUGUGCUUCGUCCUGGGAUCGACGGUCCUGCUGAGCAUCUGCCCGGCGCUGAUCUCCAUCGCCCGCCAGAUCGUUCGUCACGCGAAACCCCGAAGAUACAGGCUGCCGGUCGCGGCAAAAUUCCCGUGGCCCGCGCCGACAAACGGGCUCCCCUAUUACCUGCAUCUCCUGCACCAGAUAUCCGCCUGCUGGUGGGUGAUGUUCACCAUCGGCAGCGUCGACAGCCUCUUCGGCUACUACGCGUUUCAGAUCUCCUCGAUACUGCGGGCGAUGUCUGCCAGGCUGGCAAAUCCGCGCCAGAACCGGGAAACGUUCACGGAGCUCCUGGACACGUGCGUGGACACGCAUCGCCGAUUGCUGCGAUGCGGUCAUAUAAUGAGCGAUAUCUGGGGCUUGAUAAUCAUACGGAUGCUCUUCGCAAACGCCAUACUCAUGUGCGCGUUGAUCUUCGAGGCGAGUCCGCUCACUCAUCUGACGAUCGGCCAGUUCUUCCUGUUCGUCUCUUUCAUGGCGUUGAAACUGCUGCAAACGUUCAUCUACGCUUGGUACGGUAGUCUCAUUACGAGCGCGAGCGAGCACUUUCGUGAGGGGAUAUAUUUCAGCGAGUGGCCGGAUUCCAGUCUCGAUCGCGACGUUAGGGUGAACGUUAUCGUGACGAUGAUGCAGAAGCCGAUGAUCAUAAGGGCGUUAAAAUUGUCUUCCGUGGACGUCAGGAUGUUCACCAACAUCGUGAACACCGCGAUGUCCUACUUCUUCCUCUUGCAAUCCUUGGACGAGGGUAGAUAAAAUGGACGUCACAAGCAUGUAGAAU